AUGUGGAACAUGAGCUGCCCGACAAUGGUCUGCUCUUCCGUGUACUGUGUAUACCAGAGGUCAGCCAUGAAUCGCAGACUGAUGUAUCGAGUACGAGCCGGCGCAUUCAAGGUGUGCCGCAUGUUGCGCCUCAACCGCCAGGCAAAGCGGUAUCGAGUACGCGGACCUUCGGCGCGGACUGUCGGCUAG